AGGCCGGCUCUGGCCAUGUGGGCCGCGCUGAGGGGGCGGCUCGGCGCCGCGCUGGGGGUGGGGGCGGGGGCCAGGGCCGCUCCCCUGCCCCGGGGCUGCGUCGCCCCCGCCCGCGCCGCGCCGUCCUGCUGGAGCUGCGGCGGCCCCGUCCCCGGCCCCGCGCCCGACGGGCCCCGCUUCUGCCCGGCCCCGGCCUGCGGCGCGCUGCAGCCGCCCGAGCCGCGCGCCGACUUCUUCCGCCUCAUGGGCUGCGCCCGCGCCUUCGGCCUGGACGUGUCGCGGCUGCGCCGGCGGUUCCGCAGCCUGCAGCGCGCGCUGCACCCCGACUACUUCACCCGCCGCCCGCAGGCGGAGCGGGACCUGUCGCAGCAGCACUCGGCGCUGGUGAACGCGGCCUACCAGACCCUGCUGCGGCCCCUCAGCCGCGGCCUCUACCUGCUGGAGCUGCGCGGCGUGACGCUGGCGGAGGGGACGGACGAUGACACGGACGUGGAGUUCCUCGCGGAAAUCAUGGACAUCAGCGAGAGGCUGGCAGAUCCUGAAGACGAGGCUAGCUUACAAGAGCUGGAAAGCUUAAUUGCAGCCAAGCAAGAACAACUGAUCGCAGACGUGAACCAGGCUUUUGAAAGAGAUGAUCUUCAAGAAGCCAAGAAGCUGCUAGCCAAAAUGAAAUAUUUUGCAAACUUGGAGGACAAGGUCAAGAGCAAGAAGAUCCCAUCUUGAUAUCACAUUCUUAAGCACUGAGAGAUGCUACAGCUCUUAAUUUAAAAAGUGACUGUUUCUGAUUCAGUAAUUAAAAGCAGCACAAUAGCGUGCCUCUUGAUUUCUGCCAUGUAGUAAGUCUCCAGGCAGAAGGCCUGCGUGAAAGAUCCAGUACCUGCCUUAGCAUCAGUUGGAAACUUUGGCAGGAGGCGUAAAACUAGUCCAGACUCAACUGCAGCAUGUAAGCUGUGGUAAGUGUUUACAGGCGAGGAAAUGAAAAGUCAGUGGAGAACAUAAAUGAUGAUUGUAAGGAAUUAAGAAAUUGAGUCUAAUAAAAUAUGAAGGUGUGUUAAUGGUUAAUUUAGACUUGAGGUAAAAAUGCUGGCUGGACAGGCAUGGAAAUGAAGCACAAGGCUCUUUCAGAAAACAGGUGGUGUACUCAAAGUGAGGGGUGCUAUCUUCUACCUGUCUUGGAAGAAAAUAAAUGUAUGGGGAUGAGAGAAAUGUGCAUAGAUUCUUACUAACCAGAAACCAGACAGAUUCAGAUGAGCUACACAAAGCUUACCACACAACCGGAAAGAUGACAAUAUCUAUAUUUUGCUGACGCACACUAGAUCGAUUUCAACUAGAAAUCUAGAGGAUUUGUCUAAUACCCUUAGACAUCCCCCUAAUACACUUGAGCAAUGAUUUUUAAAAAAUCAUUUAGUUCUUCAGGUACUCAAAUGGUCUGUUGCUUUCAUUCCGGUGGGAGAAAUUGGAUGCGUCUACAUUGUGCUGUGUAGGAAGAAUAUCAAAUAGGCCAGGACUUAGCAUUUGCAUUUGAAAAAAAAAAAAUGUUAUCCGUUGAGUAUUUCAAUUAACAGAUGUUUGGUGUGGCCAUUAUGUAAUGCACAAGGUGCUAGUCUCACAGCAUAAAGGCUAUAUUUUGUUCUAAUUCUUCCAGCCACAUCCUUGUUCAGUGCUGGUCAAAAACAAGCUCUUCCUAUUACUUUGCAUCAGGAGCUAAUAUGUUCAGAAUGUGAAGCUGGGCCACACGAUCCAAUGGAAGUACCACAAAAUUUCCAAUAAACCAAAAAUCGACUGAGGCGGGUCACCAGGACCUAUUUUCAUGAAGACAACAGCCAUACCUUUAAACAUUUUUAUUGAAUUGUCUUUUUUGUAUAUAGUAUUGUAUACACAUUUUUUAGUUUCUUACGCUACUUCAGCAAGCUUCAUCUGUCUUAUAAUUAUAUUUCACCUGAUGAUACUACUAGCUGCCUGUAAAUACAAUAUUUCAGCAUUA